CGAUCACUUUACGAAGUGCUGGCAGCAGCACAUUUAAUGAGAGCAGCUGACAUUUAAAGUCAUCUGAACGUUUGUGGUGAUGAAAAACAGACAUCUGAAGUAGAACACCAAAGUCUGAAGGUUCAACGUCUUUGCCAAAAUACCACCAAACUAGGUCACUGGCCUCUUUUAAAGAUGUUUCAUUUGCACAAAGGAGAUGAUUUUAGUCAGAUGCGUCUCACAAAGCCAGUAAUCCCUCAGAAAAUGUGACUACAGCUAAAACCUUGUCAGUCCGUGUCUUGAUAAGAACACCCUUAUCUAAAGGUAUCUGCCACAGCACGUGUAUCAUAGAGGCUGUUAUUACUGGAGCUGCUUGUCUUAUCAGCUACAAAUUUGCAUUUGAAAAAAAUGAGAAGUUCAACAUAGCACUGCGUCUCCUCCUCAUGUUAGACAGAGCCUUCUCCUGUUCGCAGAUGGCUGAGGUGCUGAUUCAUCCUAAAUGGGUUCUUUGAGAUUAACAAAGAUGAGCUGAGAUGAAUCUCCCCUCAACAAUUUGGGAAUGCAUACUCAUACUUCUCUUCAAUUUUUCCAUCCAGCGUUGCCCCCUGCUCCCUGCUGGCUGCCAGCAUUUCAACGACCUUGGCUACCUGACAGUAGAGCCAGCCCCGCUCUUCCUCGUGGGUUCAAACCUGACAGUGUACUGCCACACCACAGAAUGUCAACCGAGGUCCACAAUAUCCCUGGAGCUGAACGGUGAGGCUGUCAAGGCUUGGAAGAAAUUCAACUGCACCGUGGUGAUGUUUAAUCUGCCGAGGGUCUGGGUGCCACAAUCUCAAGUGGUCUGCAAGCUGAAGAAGGAUCAGUUGUCUUAUAUUGUCAAUGGACUGGACCUACAUGGUGGGCUCCCUCCUGAUAAGCCUGAAAAUAUUUUCUGUGAAACAACAAGGUCAGACUUUAUAAACUGUUCAUGGGAGCGUGGACAGGAAACGCACCUCUCUACUAACUACAGCAUUUCAGUCAACAGAGAAAAUGGGACCCAGAUACAUUCAGCUCAGAUCCAGGAUGCUGAAGCAAUCACAAUACCACAAGGAAUUUUAGAUGAAAACACUAAGUACCGGCUGUUCAUCACUGCUUACAACCACUUUGGAGCAUCUCAGUCUGAUCCAUUCAUCAUGCGUGUAAAGGAUAUUGUGAUACCUGAGACCCCUCAUAUUACACGGAUAGAGUUUGGGAACAGCUCUAUAGCAGCCGUGUUGCAGUGGAAAACCACUGAAUCCUCGGUGCAUCUCAAACCGUACAUCCGGCUCCGCGCACGUAAUGGUUCUGUGGAAGUGAGAGAGGGAGCAGAGCUCAGUGAGGGUCUGAUAAGAGCAGACGACUUGAAGCCUCUGACUGAAUAUGAGUUCCAGAUGAGAACAUGUCGUUCAGCGUCAGGGCUGACCCAUGCCAGCACGCCCAGCUCCAUGCCCAGGUCGACCUCCAGCAAAAGGUCACUCUGCAGCAGAUGGAGCCCACCUGUGAUGGGAAGAAGCCCCGGAAAAGGCAAGCGCUUCACCUUAACAAUGUCCGGGACUGUCGUCAAUCAUGCAACAACGCACGUCUUGUACUUUAACGUAUCUUUAGCUCCAUCUCAGCAGUUGCAUGUGUGGAGGAUGUUCAGCAGCCUCCAGCCAAAUGGGCAGCGGAUGUUGACUGUCUUGUGGAAGCCUCCACCUCCAGAGGACCACAGUGACGAUGUGCAACAAUACAAAAUCUUUCUGGCUAAUGAUCAGAAACGGGAAGUGACCUGUCCUGCGACACCCAGCCAGUGCUCAGUUCAGGUAUCAGCAGAGGUUCAGGCACUUAGCGUCAGUGCUGUCACUUUAUAUGGGUCAUCUCCACCAGCGUAUUUGCCACUCACACACUCAGGUGUUUCUGGACCUGUUCUGAGAGAGUUGGCUCCUGCAGCUAGUGGCAGCGCUGUGCUCGUCUCCUGGUCGUGGUCAAGGCCCGAACACCAGGCUGCAACUGGAGGAGAACUGAUGCGCUAUGUGGUGGAGUGGAUAAGUGUACCUGCGACACAGCUGCAGUGGCAACAGCUGGACAAAAACCAAAACAACACGUCCAUCACAGGUCUGACUGCAGGUGUGAGGUACAAUAUCUCUGUGUAUGCUGUGACCACCAGAGGUGUCAGUGCUCCAUCAUCCGGCCUGGUCUACUCCAAAGAACAGAAACCAAAGUCUGGUCCCAACAUGGCCGUGCUAGUCCAUGAGGCCAGGCGGAUCCUGAUCCUGUGGGAUGAGCUGCCUGUAGACCAGCAGAGGGGCUUCAUCACAAACUACACCCUCCAUGUCAAGACGCUGGACUCCAACAGCGUAGAAUGGCGUGUGAUGCUGCCUGGCUCCGGCCCCAGAGAGAUGUGGCUGGACUGUCCUGAAGGAGCUCUGGAUCUGCAGCUGACUGCAUCCACCUCAGCAGGAGAAGGGCCGUGGGGGAUCAAGAUCUCCUCUCAGCCUGCAGCUCCUGCAGUUGGCCUGGUGAUUGUGAUUGUUUUCAUCUUUGCCCUCUUCAUAGCGAUCAUAGCCAACCUGCUGUGCUGGAGUUGUGUGAGGAAAAGGAUUAAACAAAGAUGUAUAUCCUGGGGACCUGCCUGGCUUGUUGAAAACCUACCAAAACCUGGAAACAGUAAUGCCAUCAGACUGCUGAAGCAGGACGACGGUGAACUAUCCUUCUCAUCCAGCCACAGUGACCCUCCGCUGUGCCCCAUUAGUUUCAUCUCCUCUGAGGAUAGGGACGACAUGUAUCCCAUCAUCCAUGUCAAAGUAUCCCAGACUGGAUCAGGACAACCCAUGGCAGAGACACCUUUAUUAGCAUCGGAUACCAGGACAGUGCUUGUUGACAGCCAGCUGGAUCAUGUCAGCUACAAACCUCAGAUUGCUACAUUGGCUCCACAAGGAGAGGAGGUGAAGGAGACAGAAGAGGAGCAAAGGGACACACCAGCAAGUGAGGAGGAGGACUUUUGUUCGAGUGCAUUUGGUGGAUUACUGGGAGGCUUGUUGUCCAGUGUGGAGGUGGAUUUCUCUGAUUCGCCCCUGGGACCCACUCUCAGCUCUGUUGGUGGCCUUUUGUGGCCUAAAACACCUGAAACAAGUGUCUUGAAUAGAGGCUUCUUAGCGGAGAGGAGGGGGACUGACUCUCCCUCUUUGGAGUUAGAACAGAGUGACAUAAUGACUCCUGACAUGGCCGACAUUUGUUUGUCUCAGUUUACCAUUGGAACAACUCUGAUUGGUGGUUACUUCCCUCAGGUAACUGCUGUCAGCAGCACGCCGCUCUGCGACACGCAGAGGUAGCUGCGAUGAUGGGAAUGACACAAACAGGACAAUCUGCACUACUAAACUGACUUUCAAGAGAGCAUUACUCAAGCACCACUUCACCUACUGUAUAAUGUUAAAAACCAAGUUAAUAAAGGGCAAAAAUGUAUAAAUCGAGUUUGAUUAAAGGACAUUCUAAUAAAUGUGUAGCAAUUC